CUGGAGACUCUAGAAUCUCUCUAAAGACUCUUUUGAAUGCUAUUAAAACCAUGGAGGGAAGACUGGAAGGUAAAAUAGACAUUCUUGCCUCAAGACCAUAUAAAAAUUAUGAGUCAUCAAAUUUUCUUAAACGGGAUUCGGUAAAGUCCAUUCUUGAGAAGAAUGAAGAGGAGCUCACACAAGCAGUGAAGUGUCGUGAUGCCGCACUGACGGAGAGUCAGAAGUUGAAAGGGGACCUCGAGGCUUUGGAGGACAGGGAGAACAAGAAGGUGGGAAACUUUCAGCGACAGCUGGCAGAAGCUAAAGAAGACAACUGCAAAGUUACAAUCAUGUUGGAGAACGUGCUGGCUUCUCACAGUAAGAUGCAAGGUGCUCUGGAGAAAGUGCAGAUCGAGCUCGGGCGGAGGGACUCGGAGAUCGCCGGCCUCAAGAAGGAAAGGGCUUUAAAUCAACAGAGGGUGCAGAAGCUGGAAGCAGAAGUGGACCAGUGGCAGGCCAGAAUGCUGGUCGUGGAUGCCCAGCACAACAGUGAGAUUGAGCCUCUGCAGAAAGCUCUAGAUGUAACUAGAGAAGACAACAGGAAACUGGCUAUGAGCCUGGAGCAAGCUCUCCAGACGAAUAACCAUCUGCAAACAAAGCUUGACCAUAUCCAAGAGAAACUGGAAAACAAAGAACUUGAGCGACAGAAUUUGGAAACCUUCAAGGAACGGAUGACCGAAGAAUCUAAAAUGGAAGCAGAAGUGCAUGCUGAGCGCAUAGAAGCGCUGAAAAAGCAGUUUCAAACGGAGAGGGACACUGCAAAGAAAAUGAACCAGCGGGAAAUAGCUGAGCAAAUAGAAACAGAACUGAGGCAAAUGGAGCUAAUUAAGGAUCAAUAUCAGAAAAAAAACUAUGAACAGUCAUUGAGUAUCCAGAAAUUUGUAUCUGAAAUGACUAACCUACAGAAGGAGAUGCAGCUGUUGGCCAGGAGCCAGUAUGAUACCUCGGCUCGGAACAAGCAGCAAGAGUUGCGGCUGGAGGCAGAGCGGAAAAUACGGCAGGAACUAGAGAGCCGGUGCCAGGGAUUGGAAGAAACUAUAAGACACCUCAGGAAGUGUAAAGAGGCAACAGAGAAUAAACUGAAAGAAGCCAGUGUGGAAUCAGAACAGAUAACAGCUAACCUGGAAGAAGCUCAUCGCUGGUUUAAGUGCAGGUUCGACGGCCUACAACAUGAGCUGACCAAAAACCGGUUGCAAAGGCUGCCCCGGGAAAACAGGUGGCGGGAAGAGGACCAAGAUAAAAGGCACGAUGCCAUGUGCAACCAAUCUGUUCUGCAUCGGUGGGAGAACAAACAGAGUUUUAGACUUGUGCCCAAGAACUACCAUUCUGAGCUAGAGAGAAAGUGACGUCCUUGGCAGAGGAGGGCUGCUGCACCACGUGACUCCCUGAGCCCAGCAGCUGGGCUGGCCUGUUCCACAGUCGUCAGAACCUGAAGUCUUCCAUGUGGGCUCAAGAUUUUGGACCUGAGUUUAUCCUUUUAUGGACUCUGAUAUCACUAGAAAACCACCCCAUCUUUUUCUUUCCCCAUUUUCCACCCAAUAAAUUUAUAUUAAUUUGUUGUAUGAUAAUAGAUG